GAUAUAUUUGUCAAAUCUGAUGGUUCUCAAACUAGAGUUAAUUUUUUAUUUCUGACGGGUUUUUAUUUAUCUAUGUUCCACUCGUAGUCAAUUCAGUGAAAGCAACUUAUGGAAUUAUGAGCGGCGAAUAUUAUGCAGCUGAUAAAUCAAGUCCAAAAUUCUUUCAUAAUGAUUUUGCGGUAGUUCCCUCCUAUGUAAAAAAAGAAAAGAUUGACGAGUUUUCGAACAAAGGAAAUCGUUUAAGUGAUAUUGGAGAGCAGCUGGAGAUGGCAGAAAACAAAUGCAACAAUUUAAAGGGUCAACUGGACUAUAUGAAACAAGUUUACGGCACACAAAAAAAGAAUAGAAAGAUUUCUUCUGUGCGUCCAGAUUUGUCAAAAACAUCAGAUGACGAUACGUUUAAUCAAUCAAGUUCAUCAGUUUCCGUAAAAUCACCACCGCCGAAGGCUGUUAUGCAACCCAAAGCACAAACAUCUAAUGUGAUUGGAACUGAUAAUACUGGAGCAGCAGUUAGGACAAUUAACAACAUUUUAUCGGGAAUAUCAGAUUCUGUCAACAGACUCUCUGAACUUCAUGUUAUAAGUGACACACCCAGAAAAUUAGCAGCUAAAAAUAAUAUACCUGAAGAUUUACCUGCAACUUCCUACCUGCAGCAAUCAACUAAUAAGAUUCAGAAUUUCAAUUCGAACAACCGUAGCGUAUCCCAUAUAAAACUGACAAAAAAGAAAUUUAAAGACAAUAAAAUGGGAAUUAAGAAGCAAACUUCUUUCCAAACCUUCAAAAGGACUGUUAAAGUCGAUAGAAGGGCUACGAGCGCCUCGUAUUCUCCUAGAGAAAUGGCUAGGAAAUUAACACCUUUCAUACGAUCAAGAAGCGGUAAGGCUACAUCAUCCUAUAGAGACCGCAAACUUAUAGAAAUAUUUCACAAUACUGAAACCAAAAGUAGUGAUUCUGAAGAUGGUCAAAAGAUCAAACAACUGCAUUCUGUUGGAGAAAAUCCAACUACAUUCGAUACAAAUAAAGAGACUGAUGUUCCUGCUUUAGAACUUUCGAAUACUGCAUAUCAAGAAGUAUCUUGUCAUACCAGAAGACUGUGCCACAAUGUCGUACCUGGAAACUAUUAUCAUCAUUUGGGUAGUAGACCUGAAAGUUUUCAGAAAAGUUAUGAAUACCCUACCAUUGCAUCUCGAAUGAAACAGGUUGCUAAGAGUUAUUUGAACACAUUUAGCUUUAAGAGCAUGGUUUCUAAAAUUGUAGGAGGAAAGAUGGAGGAUGACAAAACACCUAUGUCUAGAAAGGCUAUCCCAUUUUGUGCAGCUAUAUCUACCAGUCCCAGUCAUAAUAUUGGAAUAAACAUACAACAAGUUAUGAAUAUUUUAAAAAACAGACAACCUAUUAACGGCAUAUCACCCACUUUAGCUCACAACAUUGGAUUAGCAGCUGAAAGGCUCAAUAGCAAACCUCUUUCCACUUUGGUGUCCACAAUAAAUUCGAAUACAUGUUAUGUGAAACCGCAACAAUGUCCCCUAUCAAAAUGCAAACUUAAUUACCAAUACCUGCAGAAUUUAGCCAGAACUAUUCCAGAAGAGACAGUCGAAGAAGCUGAAGGUGAAGAUCAAACAGAUCUUAAAACCGUUAUUAUUACAGGUCCCUCUGGAGAUAUGGAAAUAAAAACGAAAAAUGUACCACAAUGGACUGCUGAAAAAUCAAAUCAUGUUUGCACAUGUCUACCUAAUGACGGCCCUGAUAUAAAUUACGUUUGCAGCAGAGUAAACAAAAAAUCUGACAAUUUAAGUUAUUCGCAGGCUUCUAUAUGCCAGAAACCUCAAUAUAGAACAAAUAAGAGCACAAAUAAAAAAGAGAAAAGACCACAAAGUGUUCAACCAGUUACUUGUACUUCAACUUGUGAUUCAACUUUUGAAGGAAAGGAGAAAAAUUUAAAGUUGGUGCUAACUCACCUCCAUGAUGAAUUCGAGGCUUUAAAUAAACACUAUGAAGAUUUAUCUGAAAAAGCAAAUUCAAAUAAAGACCCUGAACUAUUAAAGCAACUAGAAUCACUAGAAGCCGAACUGACAAAAAAAGAAGAAGAAAUUAAUAUGGUCAUGACCCUAUGUAAAGAAGUCAUGGCGCUUAAACAGCAAAUCAAAAACCUUAAGCAGCAUAAUAGUCAAUCUACCUUUCCCCAAGAAAGACAGGACAGUGGUACUUCCUCAAAUUUCAAUGACUUCAAAAAUCCUCAGGCAGCUUUUCAUUUAACAAAACUUUUAAAACAGAUUCAGACUUAUCAAAAGAAAUACAAACAUGGUGUAGGCGUUUAAAAAACUUUG